ACUUAGGCAUGCGGCAGCGGUUGUUAAUGCAGCGGCACAGCAACCAGGCAUAAAACCCCUCGUCGGCCCCAUCGGAUCAUACGCUCAAUCCGAAUCGAGAAUUGUGGAAAGAACAUGGCAGACAAGGAAGUUGUCGUCCCGCUCCUCAUCAACGGCGAGGAGAUUACCAAGUCCUCGACGUUCGAUGUUAUCUCUCCAGCGAGCGGCCAGCCAUGUUGGAAAGCCGUCUCCGCAACCCGCGAAGAUGCCGUCAAAGCCGUUGAGACCGCGCAAGCUGCGUUCCCAUCUUGGUCAAAGACGAAGCCAAGCAUGCGCACGGCGGUCCUGCUCAAGGCUGCGGACAUUCUGGAAUCCAGAGUCGAGGAAUAUGCCUCGUACAUGGUAACAGAAAUGGGCACUGACAUGGGUACCGCACAAUUCUUCGUUGUGCCGCUCGCAGUCGCUAUGUGUAGGGAUAUCGCAAGUCGCAUUUCCAGUAUCUGUGGUAGUGUUCCCGUGGUUGAAAAGGAGGGGCAGAGUGCUAUGGUUUGGAAAGAGCCAUACGGUGUCUGUUUGGGUAUCGUGGCAUGGAAUGCACCGUAUGUCUUCGGCAUUCGAUCAGCUGCGACCGCUAUCGCGACUGGGAAUACCACCGUCCUCAAGUCUUCGGAACUUACUCCGCGUUGCUAUUGGGCCAUCGGAAAAGCAUUCAAAGAAGCUGGUCUGCCUGACGGGAUAUUCAACGUUAUUGGGUGUAAACCACAAGACGCUGCGCUCAUCGUAAAUACUAUGAUCGAUCAUCCGGCUGUUCGGAAAGUCAACUUCACUGGGAGCGCUGCUACUGGACGAAAGGUAGCCCGCGUGUGCGGCGACAACUUAAAGCCUAUCUUGAUGGAGCUUGGAGGCAAGAACAGUGCUAUUGUGUUAGAGGAUGCAGACUUGGAGAAGGCCGCCGGGGAGUGCAUAGCUGGGGCUUUUUUGAAUGCAGGCCAGAUAUGCAUGGGCACCGACCGUAUCGUUGUCCAUAGCUCAGUCGCGCCGAAGCUGCUGGAGAUCAUGAAGCAGCGGCUCACCGAAGCCGCCAAGAGCUCCGACCCGCUCCCGAACGUCGUCUCAUCCGCGUCUAAAGCCAGGCUUGCGAAACUGACUUCGGAAGCAACUUCCCAGGGAGCUCAAAUCAUUACAGGCAGUGCCACGCAGACGGAUGUUCCAGGCGCCGGCUUCGUCCCCACAAUCCUUGGUAACGUCAACAAAGACUCCGAGCUCUACCACGAGGAAGCCUUCGGUCCCUUGGUAUCAGUGUCUUCUUUCGAGACCGAUGACGAAGCGGUGAACUUCGCCAAUUCGACCCAGUAUGGCCUGAACGCUGCUGUAUUUACCAAGGAUCUGAGGCGGGGCUUCGCUAUCGCGAAGAGGUUGGAAGUUGGAGCUGUGCAUAUUAACAGCAUGACGAUACACGAUGAGUCCACGCUGCCGAUGGGCGGAGUGAAGAAUUCGGGCUGGGGAAGGUUCAAUGCUGCGGAGGGUAUGGAGGAGUUCCUCAUCAAGAAGGCGAUUACCUGGGAUGAUUAAUGGGACAUCUAGCCUGGCUCUGGGGAUGAGACUGGUGAGCAUUAUGGAUCCAUGUCAUAUCUGGUUAUUGUUGGCAUUCAAGGGGA